GCCUAAGAGCGAACACUGCCAGAGCGGAAAUGAGGCUUGGCGUGUGGGCGGGGCUCGGCAGCAUGUCGGCUGCGUUGCUGCGGCGCGGCCUGGAGCUUCUGGCAGCAUCAGAGGCCCCUCGUGCCGCCCGCGGCCAGGCCAAAGCAAGCGGAGCUCCGGUGACGCGGACCCGGAGGGCGAGGGCAAAGGCAAAGGCCUCCCAGGGCCUGAAACUACGGAACUCAGCGAAGGGAAAGGUGCCUAAGUCCGCCCUAGCUGAGUACCAGAAACGACAGUGUCAAGACCACCUCAAAGCAAAUCUGAAGUUUAUGACCAGCGUGAGAAGCACCGUGCCAGAGUCUGUGACCCAGCAGAUUCUGCAGCAGAACCAAGGCCGCAAAGCUUGUGAUCGGGUAGUGGCCAAGACGAAGAAGAAGAAGGCUGAGGGCACUGUGUUCACUGAAGAAGACUUCCAGAAAUUCCAGAGGGAAUAUUUUGGCAGCUAGGCUUCCUGGAGGAAUAGUGGGGACACAAGGGACUAACCUCCCUUGAUUGCCAUACCUCCGCUGUCUCUGUGCCAUGGGUGACCAGCAUGUGACAGUGCAAUCUAGCCUGGCUCAGGAAGCCUCUAGAGCUGGUAUUCCAGGGACACUGGAAUAGAACUACAAGCCCUGGGGCAAAUUUGCCCUCAAAUUGAAAUAGACUUGUGUUGAUUUGGUUGGAGCCAUCCAUGCCCUGUCAGAAAAAAUUCUGACCUGUGACCUUUGACCAGGACAAGACCCUAGGGCUCUUUGCUGUGAAACGGCCAGGUACGUGGCCCUCUCAAGAACUAUAUGUCAGCUGUUGGGUUCAAGUAAAUGUGGAUCUGAGCAAA